AUGAAGGGCUCCUGGAUGUUGGCCGCCACCGCGGCGGCGCUCACUUCAACUGCGUUUGCGGAUUACAACUGCCACUGCCUCCCUGGUGACAGCUGCUGGCCCUCCACGUCGUCCUGGGAAUCGCUCAACACCACGGUCGGUGGUCGCUUGGUCGCAACCGUGCCUAUUGGAAGCCCCUGCCAUGAUCCCAACUACGAUGCCGCUGCUUGUGCGGCGUUGAAGUCCGACUGGACUACCCCACUGCCUCAUCUCGAGUCUUCGUCCUCGAUCAUGCAGACCUACUUUGCCAACCAGAGCUGCGACCCCUUCACUGCGGAGUCCCAGCCAUGUCUCCUGGGCAACUUUGUCAGCUACGCAGUCAACGUCUCGUCCAGCGACGAUGUCAUUGCCGCCGUGAAGUUUGCCAAGGAGAACAACAUCCGUUUCGUUAUCAAGAACACUGGUCAUGACUAUAUGGGCCGCUCGACCGGCGCUGGGGCGCUCUCCGUGUGGACGCACCAUCUGAAUGAUAUUGAAUACAAGGAUUGGUCGGAUUCGUACUACCAAGGUCCCGCAUUCCAGGUUUCCGCUGGUGUGAUGGGAUACCAGAUCCUCAACGCCGCCCAUGCGAAAGGGCUGGCCGUUGUGACCGGCGAGUGCCCGACGGUCGGCCUCGCUGGUGGCUACAUCCAGGGUGGUGGUCACUCGGCCCUGAGCACCAAGUUCGGCCUGGGAGCCGACAACACGCUGGCCUUCGAGGUUGUCACCGCCGACGGCCAGCUGGUCACGGCCUCUCGCACCCAGAACUCCGAUCUGUAUUGGGCUCUGAGCGGCGGUGGUGCUGGCAACUACGGUGUGGUCAUCCACGGCCAACAACACCGAGGCCUUCUGGGAGCUGUCGCCAAGUUCCACACCCUGCUGCCCGAGAUGACCGAUCAGGGCGUGACGGUGAUCUACCAGAUGGUGUCGGGCAUCUUUGCCAUCAACCCCUUGACCGCGUACAACAAGACCGCCGACGACGUCAAGUCCAUCCUGGCGCCCUUCACCACCGCCCUCGCGGACCUCGGCAUCACCUACAAGGUCUCCUACACCGAGUAUGACACCUAUUACGACCACUACAACAAGUACAUGGGCCCUCUGCCCUACGGCAACCUCGCGGUCGCCACGUACCAAUACGGCGGCCGUCUGAUCCCGCGUGACGUGCUCGAGAACAACCCCAGCGGCAUGGCCUCCGUGCUGCGCAACCUGACCAGCCACGGCGUCGUCGCCGUCGGCGUGGGCAUGAACGUCUCGCAGCCGGGCAACGUCUCCAACGCCAUCUUCCCGGCGCUGCGCAACGCCGCCGUGACCAUGCAGAUCGGCACCAACUGGAACGAGACCGCGCCGUGGUCCCAGAUGGUCGCGGACCAGUACAAGAUCACCAACGAGUACGUGCCCCAGCUCGAGGCCGUCACCCCGGGCAGCGGCUGCUACCAGAACGAGGGCGACUUCCGCCAGCCCAACUGGAAGGAUACUUUCUUCGGCAGCAACUACUCCCCUCUGCUCACCGUCAAGUCGAAGUGGGAUCCCACCAACUUCUUCUACGUCCUCAAGGGUGUCGGCAGCGAUGCCUGGACUGUGUCCGAGUCGGGCCGGAUGUGCCGCGCCUAG